AUGUCUGCCGAAGGCGCCUCUGCAUCGCCCAUCCCUAUUGAGGAUCUACAGAAGAUCACUGUCGAGGCCUGCGAGAAUGCCCUCGAGAAGAGCCAGGGCUAUGAACACGACAAUGUCGGCACUUGGAACUCCCAGAUUAUUAACUCUGUCCUCAAGGCUCUGAUCACCGCCACUGCACCCACCGAAGCCUCCAAGCCUCCUCCCUACCGCUUCACCGUGAACAGCACAAUCGUGCAGCAGGGCGUGAUUGACCCCUCUGUUGCUGCAGAUGGCGCCCUCAGCAAUGCCGGUAAGCGCGGCAUGCACUCCGCCUCUGGUGCCUUCUGGGAUGUCAACCGCGACGGCAUGUGGACUUUCAAAUACCCCGGUGCUGAGGAGCGGGGGAUGGAUGUUGUUGUUUGUGUGACGUGGUUUGCCGUCGUAUAA